AUCUGAUUCUUCCACUCUUCAAACCGAGCUUCCCACGAUCACCAUUAUCAAGCCCUAACCAUUUUCUUCUUCCCACGAUCUCCUUCUCCAAGCCCUCACCCACGUUUUCCUCAACCUACAUUGUCAUCCUCCACCAUAUUUUCUCUAUAUAAAUGGCAACCACUAGAAGUGGUUCGAAAUCACCAUCUCCGGCGAAGAAAGUUUCUAAAAAAUCGAAGAAGGCUCCAACUGUUACUUCCAAAGUCGAACCUAAGAUGGGGUUAAAAAAAAUUGCUAAAAAUUUAGUGGCUGAUGUUCCAGAGACAUCGGGCACUAAGAAAAGAGCCCCUCCUGUUAAAGCCGAUGCUCCUAAGACUAAGAGAGCAAAAAUUUCCAAGUCUGCACGCGAUGUUUCCUCAGAUUCUGAUUUUGAGGAUGAAGUGCAUGGUGAGGACCAAAAGCCCAAAGUUGAAUCAAAGGUCCAUGCUAGGACCUCAGUGAAGGUUGAAGGAUUUGACCUACCAAAGAAAAAUCCCCCUAAGGUGUCCUUUUUUUUAAAAAAAAAAUUAUUUUUAUUAUUUGUUUUCUGUUUUUUUUUUAGUUUUUUUUGUUUUUGUCCUGAUUUAUUUUGUUUAUAUUGAUACAGGAAUGGGAUUAUAUUUAUGACCAGAAGAAUCUAUUCAUUGCGAAAGCCUUUUCCACUGCUACUUUCCAGGUGAUAGAGAACAUUAAGUCUUGUCUUUCAGAUGUACAGCUUGAAAUGUUUUCAAAAACCUGUUUUGGUCAUUUCCUUAACCUUCCCGAUUUUAAAGUUCAACCCCAAGUGUUUCAUGGGUUGUUGCUCCGGGAGGUUCAGCAACCUAAUGAUGCUGAGUUGUGGGUAAUGAUACGCGGUGUUAGGCUUAGGUUUAGCAUUGAGGAAUUUGCAUUGAUUACUGGGUUAGACUGUGAAGGUGACUGUAGUGUCUUAGAUUUUAAGCAAGAGGUUAAUAGUCUUUGUGAAAGAUAUUGGCCAACUUCGUCCUCUAUCACUAAGGAAUCUGUUAGGGAAUGUUUUACCACCAAGAGGUGGGGUGAUUCUGAUGAGGAUGCUGUGAAGUUGGCAGUUUUGUAUUUCGUGGAGUGGUUCUUGCUUAGUGGCACUAAGCAUAAAAAUGUACCCAAGUCUAUUUUAGAUGUUGUAGAUAGUGGGAGGUACAAUGAAUUUGCUUGGGGCCGGAGUUCUUUUGAAUUGACUAUUUCCUCAUUGAAGGGUAAGCUUGAUAGUUGGGUUGAGGGGGUUAGGAAGGCAAGGAGUUCGGGAAAGAGGCCGAGUGUUUUUUACACUUUGAUUGGUUGUCCUCAUGUUCUUCAAGUUUGGUUCUACGAGUGUUGUAAGUACAUGAAAGGUAAGUACUGCCAAAAGGAAAGCUCUCGUAUUCCAAGGAUCACUCAGUGGACAUGCAAUAGUCAACCUACUUUCAAAGUUUUGAAGACUACUAUCUUUGAUGUUUCCAAAGAUAAGCUGCAACUUUCAAAUAUGAGGCCCACGGCUGGUGAGUUCAAAGCUUUGAAACUGAGCAGUUUCAAGUUCGACACUGACUACAACUCUUACAAGAGUCUCCCUCUUCCCGAAGAGCCAACUGUUGCUCAGAGUGACAUUUCUGUCAAGCUUGAUGCCUUUUCUGAGAAAUUUCAUGGGUUGGAGGUCAAGAUCGAUUCGUUGCAUACUUCCCAAAUCGAAGAUUUCAUACGAUUUGGUUGA